AUGGGCAAUUGUGUCAGUCAAACAGGCCACAAAGAAUUUCUCAAAUCGUUACAAUCGUCUGCAUCAGCCAGCGGUGAAACAGCAGCGUUUCCAUUCGAUGAUCCACAGUCAUUCCGUGUUUUCGUUAAGAAACGCAACAAAUUCAUUCCAGGAACAUUAAAAGUGACAGAAAAUGAGAUCGUUUUCGCAAGAAAUCGUAGCGAUAUGCUUAGAUGGCCUUUGCAUUAUCUACGCAGAUAUGGCUUCACAUCUGCUGGAACAAACAGUAUUAGUGAAUGCUUGCAAGCAUCUUCAACGUCUGCUUAUACGACGCAUUAUAAUCGUGCCGCAAAUCGUUUAUUAAAUAAUAAUGCAAAUGAUAAUAAUAAUGAUAUUAUUCAACAAAAUGUUUUAUUAUUCAAACGACCGCGUAGUCUUGCAACGCCAACGCAUAAUUCAUCGUUGUGGACACUGACACAACAAUCGCCGCAUCAUUAUUUUCAUAAUAAUAGUGAUACCAAUAAUAACAUCAAUCAUAAUGUCGCUGGCGAUAUUGUAAAUGAACGAAUUCUUGAACGACAUCAGUCAGAAUCUCAUCCAACUACUGCAAAGCAACAAGUGCUUGAAAAUGGUGUUGCGCUGACGAGCAAAGGUUUACUCAGCUCAAAAUCCCUCGACCAUUGGUAUGUGAAUAUUGAUUCGUCGAAAUUUCAAAAACGUCACAAUUUGGGCAAUUAUCAUCAUGCAAAAACUCAUCUGCCCUCAUAUUCAUUGAAUUCCAUGCCGAGUGCUCUCUUAGCACCACUCCCGUCUACAGCUAACAGUGUCAUUCGAGGUGAAACAAAUAGUAAUAAAAUAAUUUCAACGAUUAACAAUAAUAUCACGGCACUAAAUAAUAAUAUAUGGAAUAGUCUACCGAAUCGUUCAAUUUCUGAAACUAAUUCCCCUGCUGGCGAUAAAUUCUUUUACGGACGAUAUGUUAAUGUGAAAGAGAUGGUGCCAACACCAAAUUCAAUGAUUUUAACGUCGAGCAACGAAGCGCGUGAGCCUACACCGCCCCAACUUGACUACGCAUCUGUGAAUGUUGGCACGGCUGGCGUUAACGAUGUGACAGCUAACGGCGCCAUAAGCUCCACUCAAACGAUACGAAGAAAUUCAUCAAACGUUAUUACAAACUGUAACGAUAGCAACAACAAUAAUACGACCUUACAAAACGACAGUCUGAAUGCAACAUCGCCAUCAAUGUCAAAUGGUAUUGUUGUUGUUCCAUCGCAAACGUGCUCGUCGAAUGUGAAUUAUGCAAAAAUUGAUUUGGAACGUACACAUGCGGUUGAAGUGGCCGCAAAUGCUAGCGAAAAGGAGAAUCCGCAUAGAAGGCAUUUUAUGAACGGUGGCUCGAUGGCUCCAUAA